GGAAAAGCAGCUGAUUCCCGUCUGAAGAGCUUCCUCGGUUCUACUUCCCUCAGUCCCUCGUGACUUCGCCGAGUGUCUUGAGGAUUACUUUCUCCUACUGUUUGAUCUUGUCGGUUGUCUAGCUCCGGCGACGAGUGGCAGUCAUCAUGGUUCUCGCGUAUUCCGGCGGUGCUGCAACCGUGUCACUCCUGGUGAUCGGAGGCUAUAUGCUAUUCCAUGGGGAUGGUGAACAGUUUAAUGUCGGCCAUUUCCUCGAGUCGGUGUCUCCCUACGCCUGGGCGACCAUUGGUAUUGCGAUGUGUAUUGGCUUGUCGGUAGUGGGCGCCGCAUGGGGUAUCUUCCUGACAGGCUCCUCGAUCGUCGGCGGAGGCGUCAAGGCGCCCCGGAUUCGAACGAAGAACCUGAUUUCGAUUAUCUUCUGUGAGGUCGUCGCUAUCUACGGUGUGAUCAUGGCGAUCGUGUUCUCGUCCAAGCUCAACCUGGUCGACAAUGAUGAGAUCCUGUCGGGAAGCAGCUACUAUACGGGAUAUGCUCUUUUCUGGGGCGGGAUCACCGUCGGCGCAUGUAACUUGAUCUGCGGUAUCUCUGUCGGUAUCAACGGAAGUGGUGCGGCCCUUGCCGAUGCCGCCGACCCCAGCCUGUUCGUCAAGAUCCUGGUCAUCGAGAUCUUCAGCUCCGUCCUCGGUCUAUUCGGCCUGAUCGUGGGACUUUUGAUCGGAGGAAAGGCGACCGAUUUUGGAGCUUAAACAGCGGAGAGCAUGUCUUCUCCGGAAGAAGACGUCAUGGUGCCGGAAGAAACCAUUUGUAUGACUUAUUAUCUGUUCUUUUUCUCCUCUUAUAUACCGCAUUGAGGCGUAUGGGUCCGAUUUGACUGUAGGGUCGUUUGGGUGCGUUACUGGCUAUCCCCCUAAAUUGGCGGUGAUAGACCAGAUGGUGUUGAUGGCAUGCGAUAGGGUAUCGGCGAUGGGAUUGCGUGUGGCCGUGCCAGUGUUGUCUCUUCUUGUACAUCGCAUUGACCUCUGGGGAUCGACAAGAACGAUCAGGUCAUGUUCCGGCGUGAAUACCCCGCCGUUGGGUCUCUACGCUUGCCUAUUCCAACUGGCAAUUUCAGAUAUGGAAUGAAAUGAUCAAAGCUUAUGGACUUUCGAAGGGCUUCCGUAUCUUAGGUUGAUGGAGGAUAGGGAAAAGGAUCAUAGCUUUCGAAAGUGCUUUUCUCCAUGUUUUC